CGCAGCUCACGCUUCGUCUCAGUCUAUUAGUGUACUUGCGCUAUCAGUGAGGUGCGCACGCGCAGUUAGCUCUGUCGGGUUAUACGUUCGGUCUAAGUUCAAGUUAUUUUUAUUGUUGUUGGCUAAGUUGGUGGAGUUUGCCGUAGUUUUCGUGAGCCACAACAAGCGACGUAUCCGAAUAUUUAGAAAAAAAAUAUUCUGAUUUGACACAAAAAAAAACUGUCGUUAGUCUAUGAUUAACUUCGCAGAAGAAAAGCAAGCGAACGUUUGGUGAUAUUUUUGUGUGGUUUAAUUUACGUACAUAGUUUCUAAGUGCUUCAAAAUGGCUAAAAGGAAAAAUAAACCCUUGAUUGAUUCUGAUUCUAGCAGUGAAUGUUCGGAUUUAGACUCGCAAUUUUUGAAUUUAGCAAAGAAGAAGAAAAAAAGUGAUUCACCACCACCCUCGAAAUCUAAAGGACAAUCGUCAGACAGUGAAUCAGAUUGGGACGACAAUGAUAAAAAAGGAUCAAAAUCAUCAUCAUCGUCCGGUUCGGACUCGGACAGCGAUGCAGGCAGCGACACUUCAAAUAAAAAGGAACAGGGCCGUAACUCCAGAAAGGCGUCUACAGACCACUCGGACCAUGACAGCAGAAAGAAGCCGGAACCGAAGAAAGUUGAAGUCAGAAAGAGCACCGACAGUAACAGUUCAGGGAAAAAGAAAGACACGUAUAGCGAACCAGAAGAAGGUGAAGUAUCAUCACAUUCUUCCGACAAUGACUCCAUUGAUUCAGAAGAGGAAUUCGAUGAUGGUUACGAUGAAAAUCUUAUGGGUGAUGAAGAGGACAGAGCUCGUUUGGCCGCCAUGUCGGAAAAAGAGAGAGAACAGGAAAUCUUCAAGAGAAUCGAGAGGAGAGACCUCAUGAAGACCAGAUGGGAGAUCGAGCGCAAGCUCCGCUUAGCCCGGCGUUCGGCGGCGGAGCGCGCGGCGUCGCCGGGGCAGGUGGCCCGCCGCCGGGAGGCGCGCCGCCGCCGCCGACAGCUCAAGCAGAGACACGAGGCUCGCCCGCCGCCUGCGGCAGAACCAGAACCAGAAAAGCCGAUGGAAACUGAGACAGAAAAGGAACAACAAACACCACCGAGCCCCGGAGAGAUACUGGACGACUCUAAAGACGCAGAAUCGGCAGAGCGCUCCGCGUCACCUCUCUUCGGCGCCAAGACCGAAGGCCGAAAACGGAACGUCGAUGAUCGUCGACAGAACGCAAUGGCCGCACUUCGAGCGCAGAGGGACGCCAAAGCUACCAGAGUGGAAAAAGACAAGCAGAAGAGAAGAUUGGAAGAAGAAAAGAACAAGGAUAAAGAAGAAGAGGAUGUGAUGUCAGACACUCCCGUGUGUGUGCAGGACGCUGAUGAGCUCAUCGGCGGCUCCGGCAAGCAGAGCGUCAAGCUGAAGGCGUCUGACAUCUACUCCGACGACUCGGGCUCAGACUCGGAGGAUAACAAGUCUACAGGUGGCCGUAGGAGCUCGUCCAGCUCGUCGUCGUCUAGCGGCGAGGAGGAGGAGAAGAAACGCGAGGAGGUCGAGGUCAAGUACGCAGACACCCGCGACCAGAUCAACAAGCUCAGGCUUAGCAGGUUCAAACUGGAGCGUUUGGUUCACCUUCCGUUCUUCGCGCGCGUGGUGACGGGAUGCUUCGUCAGGAUCGGGAUCGGGAACAACAACGGGAAUCCCGUCUAUAGGGUAGCAGAAAUCAUAGACGUUUAUGAGACGGCGAAGGUAUACAACUUGGGCAACACGCGCACCAACAAGGGACUCAAGCUGAGACACGGGACUCAAGACCGAGUGUUCAGGCUUGAGUUCGUCAGCAAUCAGGAGUUCACCGACAGCGAAUUCACCAAGUGGCACGCGGCCAUCCGCGACGCGAACAAACGCGCUCCAACUAUGGACUACGUUCGUUCCAAGAUCGCUGAAGUCCGUGACGCGCUUAUGUACGAGUUUAAGGAAGAAGACAUAGAAAAGAUAGUAGCCGAGAAAGAUAGAUUCCGCUCGCAUCCCACCAACUACGCCAUGAAGAAGACGCAGCUCAUGAAGGAGCGCGACGUCGCGCAACUCAGAGGCGACGACGAGCUAGUAAUGGACCUGAACGCCAAGAUCCAAGAAUUGGAGGAGCGCGCCAGCCACCUCGACAAGACUCGCACCUCCAGUAUUCAGAGCAUCUCUUACAUCAACAACAGGAACCGCAAGCUUAAUGUGGAGACGGCUGAGAAGGCUAUUAUGGAGGAGGUGAAAGCGAACAAAGGCAAGAAAAUCGACGACCCGUUCACGCGGCGACACACCAAGCCCGUCAUGAAUUUCAAUAGCAAACACGGCAACAGAAGCCAGGAAUUACAAAGAAACGAAGAGGCCGCCGCCGAGGCGCAGAAGCAGAGAGAUGAAGAAGAGAGGGAGGCUAAAGCCAGACAAGAGAAAGAAAGGCUCGUGGCGCCGCAAGAGCCCGAGAAGCCUAAAGCCAAGCCGGCGGGCGACAACGCGAGCCUGUAUUCGCUGCACGACUUCGAAAUCAACAUCGACCUCGACCUGCCUGUCGCCAAAGCGGUGCACUCCCAACCGAAGCAAGUCACAACAAAAGUGAAAGAGACCGGUCCAAAACGGGCCCUCAACCUCGAGGAGUACAAGAAACGCCACGGACUUAUAUGAGUGUUGUGCAACAUAGUGCGGAUACAGUGUAGUGUAGUGUAGUGACGUCACGGCGUUGCGAAGAUGUGGAUACGCUGGUAAUGAUUUAAUGUAUUCUAGGUGAAUGAACGAUGCCUAUUUAAGAUGGCAGCGCUUUCAAAUUAAGUAUUUGUCAUACUGGAUGGUCUGCGUUCAGGUGAAAUGAAUGCAGCACUUGUCAGUUUGCGUUCCUUGCUCGUGCCUGCAUUGUCAGAUCGCAUCAAUACAAAAUGUAUGGACAAUGUUGUUUAUACAUCAUACAGGCUGUGGUCACUGCCACCGGACCGCAUACAGUGUGGCAAAUCCAUUAAUUAGCCUCAAUUAGAGCAUUCUGGUACUACAUUCUAUCCGAAUCCGUGAAAAUACGGUCUGAAUUAGUCGUAAAACUAUUUGUAUUUACGGUGUUUGUCAUCAGAUUACUCUGGUUACUUUUCUAGAUCCGUAUUUUGAAGGACUCGGAUCGGGCAUAGUGCUAAAUAGCUCUUAUGGUAAUGAAUGAUUAAAAUAUGAUAAUAUUAGGUGAAUUUUUGAGAGUAUGGCCUAUUCAAACGUGUCAACUCUUUGAAUAUGACAAUCUGUCUACUGAAUUCUCAUGAUCGGGAACAAUUAAGGUUUUUAUUCAAUCGUAAAAAAAUUUGUCUCUGAGAAAGAGAGCAGCAAUUUUGGAGUGACAGUGACCUUAUCUCAAAAAUUCACCUUUAUUUGCAAAAUAAUUAAACACAUCGUGCUGUGACAGUACCAUUUUGUAGGAUGACUAAGUUCGGUCAUCGUCAACAAAUUGACGAAUUUCCUCAAUAGAUCUGGAGUUUUAUACCUUCAGCAUAAGGUUUAAAAUUGAGGGAAUUUGUCACUUCAUUAUAGGUACUUACUGCACACUUCUUCAAGACGAAGUGUUUCGUUCGAUAUCGUGUCAGCUUAUUCAUAUUAAGCUAUUAUUUAAAUAAUAUUAGGUCCCGCAAACAUAGUGAUAACUAUAGUAUAUUAGUAAUUUAAUAUCUCGUACGGUCAUUAGGGUCAUUAUACUAUAUUUUAAAGCUGUUAUUUGUUCUAUUUCACUUGUUAUUGCAACUAGAAAAAAUUACAAAAUCACUAUCGUCAAAAUUUCAUUUUAUUAACGGACUGUAUUUUUGCUAAUACGUGAAAUUCAGGCAUGUUCAUGAAAUUUAGCUUGCUGUGAUAAUAUUGUUUCAUUUUUACAAUAAAGCAAUAUUUAUAAAGUCAGCAUAUAGCCGUUUCAGAAGAAAUAACAAUAUUAUUGUUAAUUUGAAUUUAUUAAAUUUAGACUGAAAGAAAAAUUAAUCAAUUUUUAUGAUCAACACUGCAUAGUUAUGAUCAAAUCACAAGUCUCAAGAAUACUAAAGCGAAAAUAUACAAAAAAAUGUUCAUAAUAUCAAAAAUUAAAAGAGGAAACUGUAAUCACAAACAACACUACAUACAUACAUAUUUAUACACAAUACAUAUUUAUAAAUGUUGUAACCAUUUACAAACUUAGUGCCUUCAUGAUUCGUUCGGAAAUGCCAAUAUUGUAUGCAUGUACUCAUAGUUGAUAAUAUAUUUAUAGUAGGAUUAAUAUUAAUAUACAUAUUUAAAGUAGUGCAAUUGACUAUUAUUUAGCUAAGUGUUGUUUGUGAAUAUAGUAACCCCAAAGUACCGCAAGAACUUUGAUACCAAAAUGGUUUAAGAUUAAAUGUCAUACCAGUCCCAUACGUCUAACUAAAUACCUACAAGCAAUUCUGCAACAAAAACCUAUAGUAUGAUGUAUUGUCUGUACUAGCUCGUGUUCAACGUGAAUACGUGUAGCCCUUUAAAAUGAAGCGAUAACCUGUGAAUAUUAUGUAUUUUCAAUUGCCACCUAUGUAACGUUAGAUUAUAUUAUUACCACAACUCAAUAUCAACAACGAAGUGUUACAUGAGUUUAAACAAAGUUGAAUUUUAACAAAAACACACAGAACAGAUAUUCCUAUGUCACCAUUUUGUUGUCAUGAGGUAGUGAUACUUAAAUAUCGUUAUAUCCCUUUCUCAUGCUUGAACGCUGGUAUGAGUGAGAUAGAUGUAUAGAAUAUGUCAUAAUCGUUGUUCGUAGUAUGCAUUAAGCUUUGAACUCGCUAGUAAAGGCUAUAAAUGAUGAGUGUUGGUGACUCUGAUAGUGAAUGAAGUUUGAUUAUAAUAUUUUAACUGUUGACUUAAUUUUCUUUACGAAAAAUAUGGCAAAAUCAGCAAAACCAGUUUUACAACACUGUAUUUGCAGCAAAUAUAGAAGUAUUUCCCGAUUUAUGAAUCAAUAGCUAUGCAAGGUUAACGAGCUAACAUAAUUUCGAUAUUUGUAAUACUAUAUCGAAUACAAAAAACAUUUAUCGAAGUUUUGCGGGAAAAUUAUCGCCUUAUUUUGUAUUUAAAAAUAACUGUAGACAAAAUAUGUGACAAAACAAAACAUUAUUAAUGAUCGAAGACCAACAAAUCAUUACCUGAUGUAAAAUAAUUCUUCUGUUUAAUUAUUUAGCUUUUUCUUUGUGUUUAUUUUUAAUGUUUUCUGAACAAAAAAUAAUGUUAUUUUUUUACUUUUAAAUAAUCUAUUUUUUAUUAUUCUUUGUGACCAUAACACUGAUGUUAAAGAUCCUUAAAGUUUGAAACAAAAUAAUUAAAAUCUCUUCAAUUCAAAAACAUGUUGUUAUAUAAUAAUACAAAUAAAACCUAUUUAAAAAAAAUGUGAGUGAUGGUAGUCCUAUUUGAGUAACAAAAGGCAAAAAAUGAAAUAGGAUCAAAAAAUUUUGACGGACCCACACAAGUUAAACCCGCCUUUACAUAACGUUCAAUAUUAAUAAAAUUGUAAAAAUUACAUUGUAUUAGAAUACUCUAAGUUCCUAGAAAUAAUUUAAUUUUUGAAUUGUAUUACGUAAAAAUAAUAAACGAAAAAAAAAAUAUGUUCGAGAAAAGUUUUCAAUUAUUUUAUUUAAUUUUGUAUUUUUUUGAAAACAACAAAAUUAUUAAAAAAAUGUCAGUAGAUACUAGUUUAAGGAGCCCUUUCUAUGAAAAUAUUAUUCAACUUUAAUAAUUUUUUUUAUUUUGUAAUAUCAUUUAACUAUUUCACUUGAAGAUUUAUUCAUUGAAAAAUAUUUUCAUAGAAUGGACUCUUUUUUAUUUGGUAAAUUGGUGAUAAGAACUGUCACCAGUCACCAAUACUCCAAAAGAAUCGAUGCCUAGCUUUUAAAUAGCAAUAAGUUAUUGUAAGUUGAGUAAACGUACACAAAAUUAAAUGUGUAUCCUCCCUCGGUAUGAAAACCUUCAUACAAAAUAUUUAAUUGUUUGACAAAUAGUUGUAAAAACCUGGGUAUUCAUUAUUAUUGACAGUUUUAAGUACUUAUGUAAUAUAAUAUUUAAUUAUGAAAAUGUUAAUGAUGCUUUUUAUUUCUGUUUUUGAAACUUAGCAAAUUAACUUCUAGUUAAUCUUUAAACUAAUUUAUAAAAUAGAUUUUAAGCUUUACAUCUAUCUAUUAACGGAUAGCGUUGCCAGAAAGAACAUACAAUUAGUGAUUCGUAAAAAAAACUUAAAAGCAAUAUUAAAUUAAUGCCAUGUAGAUUUAGAAAUAUUUUUACAAAGAAAUAGUAAAAAAAUAUACAUACAAUUGAUAUCACAUACAGACUGCCAUUUUAAAAAAAAUGUUAUUUGAUUAUUCACGUCAAAAGUCGGAGCAAUCACAGCGUUAUUGCGAGCUUGGAAUGCAAAUGGUUGGUAAAAAUCUGUAUCAAAAACUACAGCUCAUUCCGGUAUUACAUUAAAAAAUUCAAAAUUCUUAUAUUUCCUUGUAGCGAGGAGUGGUUUCGCUGUUUAUUCGCUCGGAAUUGCUUAAAUAAACGAUUGUUAAGCAAUA